GUCAGAAUAAGUUCCUGCCGCCCCCUCGCCCCAGACAUCAUAUUCCAUCUCUAUCGGUCAUCUUACAAUAAGCAACGUUGGAUCCCCAACUACGAGCCCCUAAGCUUCAUCAUCCAACAUUGCGCAAUGUGUGAUUUCGAAGAAUUCAUCUUUACUUGCACCCACUACACGGUUCGCCUGAAGUCCUACUGCCACUUCGCGCGCAACGACCCGAAUCACCAGUGCUUCAGCGUCAACCAGCUGCGCAACUCGUGGCUACAAACUCGGGUUUGCGACGACUGCAAGAGUGCAGAGACCACCGCCGAGAUGAUGGACUGCGAGGAACCUGAGCCUGACAACGAGCAGAAGUCUGACAACAAAGAGGGGUCGAAGUAAUUGGUGACAAACAACUGUUGUGGAUAUUCUCGGCGAUGAGAGUCCGCUUCAGUGCUUAUCCGGGUAGAGAGAGCACCUAAUAGAUUUAAAUGAGACUUGAAGGGGG